CACGUUAAUCUGCUAGCAUUACAAACAGAAUAUUCGAAAUGUCAGACGCUGUGGACAAAAUGUUGGCGGGAAUGGCGGCCAAUCGGCAGACCAUGAACCGCCAGCUGGCUAAGAUAGACGAGAUAAUGGAGCGGUCGAACAACACAUUGCUCCACAUCGAGUCCAACAGCAAGGCAUUCAGUCAGAAUGUGGCUUUGUCGGAGACCCAGAAGAUGUACAACCUCAGGCCGGAGGCUGAGAUGACCCUGUCCAAGAUCCUGGAGAACUUCAAGCUGCUCAUGUCUAGCAGUGACCAGCGGGAGGAGACAUACAGCGCUCUGGAGGGCUGCCUGGCCUACAGGCAUCGCGUGGAGCACCUUGGCAGCUCCGUGCGUAAGCUGGUGGCGCUCUACGACACCGUGGGCCAGAUGAAGAACUCACAGGAAGAGCAGUAUGCCAGCGAGGAUUCCCCCUAGCUCAUCCAUUUUUAGAAUUUAUUAUUAUGUUAUAGUUGAAAAAUAAUUUAAAUAAAUUAAACAUUUGAUUUGU